AUGAAGUUCUCCAUCGCCAUCGUUGCUGCCAUCACUGGCUUCGCCGCCGCCGGCCCUGCCGCCGUUACUCCUUCCGAGUUCUCCUCCUUCGCCAAGCGCGCCUCUCUCCCGAUCCCCGCCUCCAAGGGCUCCGUCACCUACAAGGCUCCCCAGCAAGUCAGCGGAACCUUCGAUGGUGGCAUGAAGACCUACGGCCGUGGUGCUAGCUGCACUGGCCAGGUCGAGGGCGGUGACAAGGACGCUGUCUUCCUCAUCAAGAACGGCGGAACUCUUAAGAACGCUAUCAUCGGAAAGGACCAGAUCGAGGGUGUCCACUGCGAGGGAUCCUGCACCAUCGAGAACGUCUGGUGGGUCGACGUUUGCGAGGAUGCGCUUUCCCUCAAGGGUGACGGAAACGCCAUGAUCAAGGGCGGAGGUGCCCAGGCCGCUGACGACAAGGUCAUCCAGCACAACGGAAAGGGCACGGUCACUAUUGACGGCUUCACCGUCAUGAACUUCGGCAAGCUCUACCGUGCCUGCGGUAACUGCAAGAACAGCGUCGCCCGCUCCGUCGUCAUCAAGAACGUCAAGGCCUACAACGGAAAGGUCCUUGCCGGUAUCAACCCCAACUUCGGCGGUACCGCUACCAUCUCCGGUACCUGCGCUACUUCCGUCAAGACCAUCUGCGAGGAGUUCAAGGGCACCAAGCCCGGCUCUGAGCCCAAGUCCGUCUCCAAGGGCCCCUCCGGCAACUGCAAGUACACUGCUUCCGCUGUCAAGUCUUGCUAG